CAAACAAAAGCUGCUCCGGAGAUUACGCGUUCACUUAUCUGUCGGAUCGCUAUAUGGAUUCUCGAGAGGUACGGGAGGUUAUACGAACGAAUACUCUGGAAGACUGUUUGAGUGCUUGUCUUGAUGCUGCUAUUUAUGCAUGUCGUAGCGUCUCAUAUAAUCGAACAGACGGUGACUGCCUCCUGUCGCAGCAUAAUCAACUCAGCAAACCAGCUUUAAUCAGGAUCAACAACAAUCCCAAUUAUCGGAUUGAUUACUACGAAAAUAGCUGCUUUAAUAGUAGGUUUGCUGAACUCACUUUAUUAUUCUAAUG